UCUAUCUACGAAGCUCAAUGUUAAUGUUCGUUAUGAGUGAAUAGAGGAAAGAAAAGGGAUUUUUUUUUCUAUUGAGCCAAAACAGCAACAACAACAAAAAAAAUGAAUUUACUGAUUCGAUCAUUUUACAUUAUCAUUGGUUCCAUAUGGAUUGUUUUGGCACAACAACAACAACAACAACAAGGACAGAAUGCCUGGACACAACAAGGAUCACAAAAUUUGAUACGUAGCUUUUCGAAUACAAAUCAACAACAAACAAAUUUCAAUCAAAAUAGACAAAAUCAUGGUGGUGGUAAUAAUCUUCGACAACAACAACAACAAAAAAAUCAUGGUACAUCAUCAUCAACAAACCGGAAUACAAAUCAAGCUGAACAAUGUAAUCUAAAUUAUCAAUUUGAUUAUUUUGUAUUGGCAAUACAAUGGCCAAAAUCAUUUUGUUUAGAAAAACAACAAUGUAAUCAUACAAUUGCUAGACAACAUCGAUGGUUAAUACAUGGUUUAUGGCCAAAUCAAUAUCCACAACAAGCGAUUGGUAGAAAUCGUCGUGCUGUAAAAUUGAUUGAUAAUCGACAACAACAACAACAGCAACAACGAUCUGGUCAUGAUGAAUUGAAUAAUUUGGCAAAUACAGAAUAUUGUUGUGGUCCAAAAUAUGAUCAAUCAAUAAUGCAUCAAGGAAAUCUUUAUAAUGAAUUAUUGGAAAAAUGGCCAACAUUACAUCCGGGUAGCUAUCAUCAUGGAUUUUGGAAACAUGAAUGGGAAAAACAUGGUACUUGUGCACGUAAUGUACGACCAUUAAAAAAUCAACGAAAAUAUUUUGAAACAAUUCUUGGACUUUAUAAUCGAUUCAAUUUAUCAUCAACCGAAUUUCAAAAUGGUCAAUAUUAUAAUCUAGAUGAUGUACAUCGUAAUCUACGAAAAUAUAUUGGCAAUCAUAAAAUUCGUAUUGAAUGUUCAUUAAUUGAUGAUAAUUUAUCAAUACGUCAAAAACGACAACAACAAAAUCGUAAUCAAGAUCGUAAUCAAAAUCAUCGACAAAUAUCCGUAUUCAGUGAAGUUCAUAUUUGUUUGAAUAAAACAUUACAUCCAAUUGAUUGUAUACGACGUGAUGAUUAUCAAUGUAAAAAAAAUCGAAAUCAAAUUCUUUUUCCUUAGAAUUUUUUCUAGAAUUAAAAUU